UGUAACAGUCGUAGAAGUCUCUCUCUCGGGUCUGAAUGGGUUCACAAAAACUACAAAACAACGUGCUCUGUAGGCGGGGAAACCCUUCGGGUCACGUGACAAACACUUUAGUCCUUUGAUGCACGCCGCCAUUCUGACAAUGAUCUAGAGUAGAUAUGCAUGCGAGGGAGUUGGUAUGUUGUGAAAAGUCCCGUGCAUAACAGUAAGGGGAAUAUGUGGCCUCGAAGGCGCGAGGAACAUGUAGCAAAAUGAGAAGUGGAGUGGCGAUACUAUGUACUGUUCUGUUAUCGUCGGUCAUGGCAAAGCAGGAGUUUGGGAUACUCGAGAUAGUGCUGUAUGAGUCUGGCGAGAAUGGCGAAUACACUACCCACACUUACAAGUUAACGGGCGAAUUCUCCACUGCGGGCACCACCAUCAGUGCAGAAGGUCGAAUAAUUCAGCUUCACCCUCUUGGUCUGUGCAAUAACAACGACUACGAUGAGCUGUACGACUACGGCUGGGUUGGAGUGGUUAAACUCGAGCGACCCGACCUUGAACCGGAGCCCUGUCUGUCCGUGUUUGGAAAGGCAAGACGUGCUGUGCAGCGAGGCGCCACCGCGGUUGUGUUCGACAUCUCAGACAACCUGCAUGCUGCUACAAUGUUGUCGGAUGCGAUGGAUUCUCUUGGAAGACCCGUUGUUAUCAUCCGAGGUCGGGAUGCUGCCAAGCUGAUGAAGAUCGUCAACACACAGAAAGAAGCUCGGAUACGUAUUAUUUAUAGUCCACAGGAAAACUCUCAGGAUAAUGUUGAGAUUAGUCGGAAGGAAUAUUUCAACAUGGGUAUUUUUGUUGCAGUCUUUAUACUAUUUUGUUUGAUCUGUGUCUUCGUAAUAUUGAAGGUGAAGUGGCGAAGUAGAAAUCGACAGUUGUCGGUGUCCAAUCUAGCAAAGAAUGCGAUAUCGAAGCUGGAGACGAGAAAGUACAUGUCAGCUAUGUCUAAACACCACCACCUCCACACAUCCACCUCAGAGCUGAGUCACCACAGUUCUGUGUCGGAGAGUUGUGCAAUAUGUCUCGAGGGCUACAACGAGGGCCAGAUUCUGCGAGUCUUGCCAUGUAACCAUGAGUUCCACAGGGUGUGUGUCGACCCUUGGCUGGUUUCCAAGGGAACAUGUCCUCUGUGUAAGGUGAAUAUAACAGCUCAGAUUGAAAUACCUGCAAGCAGCACUCCACUUGAAAGGAAUACAAACAGAAGCCCAGCAGUGCAGCAACAAGCCACAGGAUAUUCUGUGCUGCCACCUGGUGGUGGACAGAGCACUCAUGGGAGUUACCUGUCCAUUCCUUGUUCCCACGGAGACUAUUCUUCAAUGCAUUUCCAUGGUCCUGUGAUAGAAACAUGUCCCUCAUGCCAGGGAACGGUUGGGUCAUCUCCCUCCUCAUGUAGCUCUUGCCUGAGGGAGAUUUCCAGCUCCGCAUGUCGCCCACCCCUCACGGACCAAUACUACCAGAACGUGGACUGUGAACACAACGUGACGCGGUCCGUGUUUCUACAUCGACCCGUAAACUCAUACAUGCACUCGGGAUUCUCGCAGCAGCAGCUUUCUCAAGCCGCACCCUCCAACAUAUAUGAGGAGACAACGCGAUGCAGGUAUUCAUGCUACUCAGGGCGGUCCAGGCUGUAUGUGCCCAGCAAGGUGGACUCCUCAGGGAAGGUGUUUUAUGGGCUGGAGGAGGAACGGGGGCUGGUGCGUGCUGCUAGCAUGAUAGCGGUGCGCGGCAGCAGCAGUUCGGACCCCAACCCCAGUGACUCAAGUCUGGAGUGUGACUGCUGCAAGCGGUCCAGCGAUGAUUCGGGGCAGAUCGACAGCAACAAGAGCACGUAUGGCAGCAGUGACGUCAAGGAUUCCAGUGAUGUCAGCAGUUACAAUUCAAACUUCUCCCACGAUAAGAGUCCUCAGGGCAGCGACAUUGAGAAACUUCACCUCAACACAUCCACCCCACUCCCGCCUGUCCGCAUGCGGCCAUCUUGUAUGCUGGGACGCGGGAGUCGGGAGACUGAUCAGAGAGAGGCCAAGUCACAUGACCAUCUCUGUGAGGACUUGUCGUCGGAUUGUGAUGACCAGUCAGACUCUGCUCGUGAUAUGUGUAAAGUGUGUCGGAAUUCGGAUGGAUCCGUGGUGCACAAGGUACCCAGUUCAUUCCCCAGCAGAGGUGCUGAAGCUAGUCACUUUCUUGCCAACAUGGCCGUUAAGAGGAACUGUGUGUUAUCCACAGAUAAUGGCAGCUACAACCCUUGUACAAAACAUAAAACUGUGAUAUCGUUACAUAGGAGUCAGACAUUCUUACAACCGCGGGACAUGCGGACAGCAUCUACAGGUGUUCCACUAGGGACAAGUGCUCUGUCUAAUGCUCAAACGUUUAUUCCCAAUCGCCAAAACAGACCGAGUGCUCCGACUUACUCAACACCGUGCAAAGCUCAACACAGACUGAGUGCUCCAGGACAUUCUGCCGAUUGCAAUACUCAACACAGACUGAGUGCCCCAGGAUAUUCUGCUGAUUGCAAUACUGAACACAGACCGAGCACUGCAGCACAUCCUGCCGUUUGCACUUCUCAACACAGACUGAGUGUUCCAGGCUAUUCUGCCAUUAGCAAUCCUCAACAAAGACCGAGUUCCCCUUCAUACACAAAUGGGUCUCAGGACCAUGGUGCUUCUAGCUUUACUGCUAACAGACAAUAUUCUCUUGCAACUCAGUACCGGAUUUCCAGUAGGACCGGAUUUUUCCCUGUGCAACAGAACAGCUGUAAUUCCACUGACAAAUGGGCUGUAUCCGAGAGAACACAUAACCAUGACAGAACACAUAACCAUGACAACCGAUCAAGUAACCAUGACAACCGGUCACGUGGUGCUGGUGUAUAUUCGAGUGUUGCUAGGACUCGUGGCUAUGCCCGUCUGAUUCGGCCGACCCCGUACAAACCGCACCUGUGUCCUGUGUGUCGGCAGAUAGCGGCCCUCCCAGCCCCGAGACGGUCUGUGGUGCUCUUCACAGAACCACAAGGUGUAUUUAUUACAAUUCCGCUGGGAGAGAAGGACAGUUACACCCCUGUGAAUGCAGUUUAGUCAAGCAACUUGUUUCAAGUCAUCUUCAUGGCAUUAUUUUGUGAUACUCUCCCUGCAACAUCCUGUGACAAACAUCAUUUCAGUUAGAACUUACAAGUCUGGAUGACUAUUGCACAAAGUUUUACUUACAUUUAUCUGGAAAUGUUUUGUUAUCUGAAAGUGCAGAGUUUUAUUUUUUCAUUUUUUUAGAAGUCUGUGAUCAAAGUUUAACAAAAAGUUUCACCAAAUUAAAAUAACUACUACUGCUGAGUUUUUGAAUAUCAGAAACAAAUACUCGUGAAAUAAUAAUCAGUGUACUUUGUUAAUACUGAUAGUUUUAUUUUUUUAUUUUAUAUCUUGAACGUAUAAUCAAAUGUUGUUGCAGCAUGUUGCAGUCUGUGUGAGAAUAUUUCCCUAUGUUGACACAUUACAACACAUUACCUCAUUUGUAUAUUGCAAGUAUAUAUGGCAAAAUAGAUUACAUAUUUUUGUAUUAUUGAGAUUUCUGUAUAAAAGGGUAAUAAUUUAAGAAUUUUGGUCACUAUGCAGCGUAAUUAAUUGAAUGCACUUGUCUACUAUAUAUAUGAUGAGGGUUUUAUCCAGAUGUUUGUAUGUCACUUGUCAAAUUAACUAUGUCAGCAUUAAAUGCGCACACAAUUAUAGAGGAAAUGAUAUUGAACAUAAUGGCAUAUUGCAGUCACAUACAUAUAGGACAAGAAGGAAAACAUACUGCAAACAAAAGUUUCAAAUAUGUAGAAAGUUUGGUUAAAAUGUUUUUUAAAAACAAACUUUUUGUGGUCAUUUAUGGAUUUUGUCACAUCUAGAAGUUUCAUGUAUGUACAAAAUUUGGUUAAAAUAUAAAAAGACCUACUAUUUUUGGUGGUCAUUUAUUAAUUUUGUAGCGCUCGCUUGAUGCGCAGUCGGUUUGGGAUCGAUCCCCAUAGGUGGGCUCGUUGG